CAUGCGCCCUGUGCCCGCAGCGCCGGCGCCCCCCAUGCGCCAGGCGGCCGGACGGCGGCGUCGGGGGGCGCCAUGGCCUCGGCGGCGGCGGGCGAAGCGGAAGAGACCACCCGGCUGCGCAAGCCGCGCUUCUCGUUCGAAGAGAACCAGAUCCUGAUCCGCGAGGUGCGCGCCCACUACCCGCAGCUCUACGGCGCUCAAAGCCGUCGGGUGAGCGUGGCCGAGCGGCGGCGAGUGUGGGACGGCAUCGCCGCCAAGAUCAACGGCAUCACCAGCUGGAAGCGCACGGGCCAGGAGGUGCAGAAGCGCUGGAACGAUUUCAAGCGCCGCACCAAAGAGAAGCUGGCCCGCGUGCCGCACUCCACGCAAGGCGCCGGGCCUGCCGCCGAGGACUCUUUCUCCGCUGAGGAGGAGACCAUUUUUGCCAUCCUGGGACCGGGUGUAGCGGGGUCAGGAGCUAGUGCAGGGGCAGAGCAGCCCCCCGCUGCUGCCUCCUCACAGCCGCCAGCCCCGAGUGCCUGCUCCCAACGCUAUGUGCUGUCUGAGGAUCGAAGGGAGGAUCGACGCGCAGACACACCAGCCCACAGCAAGGGGGGCUCCAGCAGCCCAGAGCCUUGGGCCAAAGCCUCCUGCAAUCUCCAGGAAGGGGGCUGCCAGCCACCUAAGGAGCGUGAGUCCUCGCCCCCUCCAGCCCUGCAGACCGUCCAGUUGCCCCGCCUGGCCUUGUCUCCACCACCCUCAGCUCCUCCACCACCGCCGCCACCACCCUCGCCCCCCCAGCCACUGCAGCAGGCCCAAGUGGCACCCUCGCCCCCCAGCCCCCCACGCCCUCCGCUGCCUCCACCCUCGGCCCCAGACCCCUCCCUGGACUUCCUGCGGGCUCAGCAGGAGACUGCCAAUGCCAUCCGGGAGCUGGCGGGCACCCUGCGCCAGGGACUGGCCAAACUGAGCGAGGCCCUCAGUGCCCUGCUGCCCCUUCUGCCGGGAACGCCUGCUGACCCACUGCCCCCACCUCUGCCCCCGCCCCCGCCCCCACCCCCGCCCCGGCCCAUCUUGCCCCCACCCUCCCCCAAGGUGGAGGUCACCCCAGAGCCGGUGUCCGUGGUGGCAGCCGUGGUGGAUGGGGCGGUGGUGGCAGCCAGGGGGGUGAUCAUUGCCCCGAGGAGCGAAGAGGGGGCCCCCCGGCCACCCCCUGCCCCUCUCCCACCCCAUGACUCCCCCCCACACAAAAGGAGGAAAAGUUUCCCUACACGGAAGAGGCGGGGGCGAUGGAAAUGUCCCUGAAAGCUGCCAUGGGGUUCGAGCUUGUCUGCGCACCUUUUGCCUGCACCUCCUCCCCAACCUUAGCCCUGUGGAGGAGGGCGAUGCACCUUCCCUUCCCAGCUGCACCCCGGCUCCCUGCUGCAGGGGCACACGCACCCCACCCCCUGUACUAGUUAGUGCCUGAUUCUAGGGCGGGGAGGCCUCCUGGAUGGGCCCCCAGCCCUUUCUCCAGUACAGCGCUGUCUGCCUGGCUGCUUCCCCCAACCCCAACUUCUAAGCCAUGGAUUUUAUGUUAUUUAUUAUAUAACAUAAUAAUAUGGGGGGUUGCGGAGGGAAAACUGCACUACCCCACGCCCCUGCCCCCAACAACUCCUGGCCUUGACUUGAAGAGAACUGACCCACCUCCCCAGCCCAGACUUUGGAGGGGGUGGGGGCUGCAAGACAAAUCAGGAUGAAGAGGAGACUGCAGUUUGUACCCUAGGGAGGAGGGGGUGGAGUUCUCACUGGGGAGAUGGAGGUUGAGCCUUCUGCCUCCCAUUGCAGGUCUCUGACCUCCAGAGCUUAACCCGCUCUGUUCUCCCCAGUGGUGACUAGAUAUCAAUAAACUUAUUUUUUAAUACAAUUACUUGGGGCUCUGCCUGAGACAGGCCUGGAAUUGCACCACCUAUACCAGCCCCAUCUUUCUGUGGGUAGGUGACACUCCCUUGAAGUUGGAGGCUGGUAGUUUUCUAGACUUUUUUUUUUUCCUUAAAGCCAUCAAGUCCUGUGUUGAAAUCUUACCCUAUUUUUUUCAUCCUUCAGACACCCCCUGCUAAAUGUGAUCUCUAGGAGGACGUCUUGGAUUCCUUUUUCUGGGCUAGGAUGGGUCUGCUGCUUAGAUUUUCCCUCAGCAUCCUGUGGUCCCUAAAUGAACACAUGCCUUUAUCUAUUUAAAGCCUGCUUCCCCUACAGUUUAAUGAAGUCGGGGAGCUGGUUCUCUUUUCUACUCCCAAACUGGCUGCAGAACCUGGUAGCUAAGUAGGUAAUAGCCAUCACCCUGGACUCAGACCUGGUUCAAGCCCUGGUGCUGCCCGGCCAGCUGUGUAACUACCGGUCUUUAUUGUCCUCAUCUGUAAUAUGGGUAUAAAGAUUUAGCUGUCUUUUACUGGCUACAACUACAUCCUAUUCAUCCUUCAGGUCACAGCUCAAAUAUCACCCCCUCAAGGAAAGCCUUUCCGACACCUCCUUUCUCCCCCAACAGUUAUAAAAGAAAGGGAGUUAAACAA